AUGCAGGCUACUGUUGGAUCUUUUGUUUGGCUGGAAGAUCCUAAUGAGGCUUGGAUAGAUGGUGAAGUUGUGGAAGUUAAAGGUCCGGAGCUGAAAGUCCUCUGCUCAUCGGGCAAGACGGUCCAUGUGAAGGCCUCAGAUGUCUAUGCUAAAGAUACUGAAGCACCACCAUGUGGAGUGGAUGAUAUGACAAAGCUGGCUUAUUUGCACGAGCCGGGAGUUCUGCAGAAUUUGAGGUCACGAUACGACAUGAAUGAAAUAUACACUUACACAGGAAAUAUACUGAUUGCUGUAAACCCUUUUACGAAAUUACCUCAUCUCUACGAUAGCCAUAUGAUGGCUCAAUAUAAAGGGGCAGCUUUUGGGGAGCUGAGUCCACAUCCUUUUGCUGUAGCAGAUGCUGCAUACAGACUCAUGAUCAAUGAAGGGAAAAGUCAGGCAAUCUUGGUUAGUGGUGAAAGUGGGGCAGGUAAAACUGAGAGCACAAAGCUCCUUAUGCGUUAUCUUGCUUAUAUGGGUGGGCGAGCUGCUGCAGAGGGCAGAACCGUUGAGCAGCAAGUUUUGGAGUCUAAUCCUGUACUAGAAGCAUUUGGUAACGCUAAGACCGUGAGGAACAACAACUCAAGUCGAUUCGGUAAGUUUGUGGAGAUUCAGUUUGACCAAAGGGGACGGAUAUCUGGAGCUGCUGUCAGAACUUAUUUGUUGGAAAGGUCACGUGUUUGUCAGAUCUCUGAUCCUGAGAGAAACUAUCACUGUUUCUAUAUGCUUUGUGCUGCACCUCAGGAGGAUAUUCAGAGGUUCAAGCUAGGACACCCAAGAACAUUUCAUUAUUUGAAUCAAUCAAACUGUUUUGCAUUGGAUGGUGUUGAUGAUUCGAAGGAAUACAUUGCGACUAGGAGAGCAAUGGAUAUUGUUGGGAUAAGUUCUCACGAGCAGGAUGGAAUAUUUCGAGUGGUGGCUGCAAUUCUUCACCUCGGGAACAUUGAAUUUGUGAAGGGAAAAGAAAUAGAUUCCUCAACGCCCAAGGAUGAAAAGUCUUGGUUCCAUUUGAAAACUGCGGCUGAGCUAUUAAUGUGUGAUACAAAGGCACUGGAGGAUUCGCUUUGCAAGCGUGUAAUUGUAACUCGUGAUGAAACCAUAACAAAGUUUGUGGAUCCAGAUUCUGCAGCUGGCCAAAGAGAUGCUCUGGCAAAAAUUGUGUACUCAAGGUUAUUUGACUGGAUUGUAGAUAAGAUCAAUAAUUCCAUUGGUCAAGAUCCUGACUCCAAGUCUUUGAUUGGGGUGCUCGAUAUAUAUGGGUUCGAGAGCUUUAAGACAAACAGCUUUGAGCAAUUCUGCAUAAAUUUGACAAAUGAGAAACUUCAGCAACACUUUAACCAGCAUGUUUUCAAAAUGGAGCAAGAAGAGUACACAAAAGAAGAAAUUGAUUGGAGCUACAUUGAUUUUGUUGACAAUCAAGAUGUUCUAGAUCUUAUAGAAAAGAAACCUGGUGGCAUAAUUGCUCUUCUUGAUGAAGCCUGUAUGUUUCCCAGAUCAACGCAUGAAACCUUUGCUCAGAAGCUUUACCAGACAUUUAAGAACCAUAAACGCUUCAGCAAGCCCAAAUUGUCACGGACUGACUUUACAAUUUGUCAUUAUGCUGGAGAUGUAACCUAUCAGACUGAACUUUUCUUGGACAAGAACAAAGACUAUGUUAUUGCAGAACAUCAAGCGCUCUUGAGUGCUUCUCAAUGUUCUUUUGUUUCUGGAUUAUUUCCGCCUUUGGCUGAGGAGUCUUCCAAACAGUCAAAGUUCUCAUCAAUAGGAUCUCGAUUCAAGCAACAAUUAGUAGCAUUGCUUGAAACUUUGAGCGCUACCGAGCCACAUUAUAUACGAUGUGUGAAGCCAAAUAAUCUUCUCAAGCCAGCCAUUUUUGAGAGUAAAAAUGUUCUACAGCAACUGCGUUGUGGGGGUGUUAUGGAGGCCAUUAGGAUAAGUUGUGCUGGAUAUCCAACAAGAAGGCCCUUUUUUGAAUUUGUGGACCGAUUUGGGAUUCUUGCUCCUGAAGUUCUUGACCGCAGUUCUGAUGAGGUUACCAUCUGCGAGAGGCUUUUGGAGAAAGUGGGAUUAAAGGGCUAUCAGAUUGGUAAAACAAAAGUAUUUCUCAGAACUGGUCAAAUGGCAGAAUUGGAUGCUCGUCGGAGUGAGGUCUUAGGGAGAUCGGCAAGUAUCAUUCAGAGAAAAACGCGUUCUUAUUUGGCAAGGCGAAGUUUUGUCUUGAUCCGAAAGUCUACUAUGCUUAUUCAAGCUGUUUGCCGAGGACAACUUGCACGUCAAGCAUAUGAGAGCAUGCGGUGUGAAGCUGCCUGCCUCAGGAUUCAGAAAGAUUUGCGUAUGCAUAUUGCUAGAAAAGCAUACAAGGACUUGUAUUCAUCAGCCAUAUGUAUACAGACAGGCUUACGUGGGAUGGCUGCUCGAUGUGAGCUACGACUGAGAAAGCAAAUCAAAGCUGCUAUCGUUAUUCAGAGUCAUUGUCGCAGAUACUUGGCACGGGUCCAAUAUUUGGAUACUAAAAAAGCAGCAAUUACAACUCAGUGUGCAUGGAGAGGGAGAGUUGCUCGUAAAGAACUGCGGAACCUUAAGAUGGCUGCCAGGGAAACAGGAGCUCUUCAAGCCGCCAAAAAUAAGUUAGAAAAGCAAGUGGAAGAGCUUACGUGGAGAUUACAACUGGAGAAACGCAUGAGGGCUGAUUUAGAAGAGACAAAGAAUCAAGAAAAUGCAAAACUACAGUCUGCUUUGAAUGACAUACAACUUCAAUUCAAGCAAACCAAAGAUUUGCUUUUAAGGGAACAGGAAGCUGCAAAAAGAGCAGCAGAGAUAGUCCCUGUUAUACAGGAGGUUCCAGUCAUUGAUCAUACCAUGAUGGAGAAGCUUUCGAGUGAAAACGAAAAACUCAAGGGUUUGGUCAAUUCUCUGGAAAAUAAAAUUGAUGAUACUGAGAAAAAGUAUGAGGAGACAAAAAGGAUUAGUGAAGAAAGACUGAAGCAAGCUCUGGAGGCCGAGUCAAAGAUAAUGAAGAUGAAGACGGAUAUGCAAAGGCUUGUCGAGAAGAUCUCUGACAUGGAAUCUGAGAACCAAAUACUUCGGCAACAAACAUUGCUAAACUCACCUGUGAAAAAGCUGUCGGAGAACUCACCAAUGACAUUAUCUCAGAUAUUGGAAAAUGGUCACCCUGUAAUUGAGGAGAAUAGAACAAAUGAACCACAGAGUGCAACACCUGUGAGGAAGUAUGGUACAGAAUCCGACAGCAAAUUUAGGAGAUCCCAUAUUGAACGCCAACAGGAGAACAUCGAUGCUCUUAUUAACUGUGUUGUGAAGAGCAUUGGCUUCAGCCAUGGGAAGCCUAUAGCAGCAUUUACAAUUUAUAAGUCUCUUCUCCACUGGAAGUCCUUUGAAGCUGAAAGGACUAGCGUAUUUGAUCGACUCAUUCAGAUGAUUGGUUCUGCAAUUGAGAGUGAAGAUAGCAAUGAUCAUAUGGCUUAUUGGUUAUCAAAUACAUCCACACUGUUGUUCUUGCUCCAACGAAGUCUGAAGGCCGCUGGAUCUAGCGGUUCGACCCCACAUCGGAAGCCUACCCCUCCAACUUCAUUGUUUGGGAGGAUGACCAUGGGAUUUCGUUCAUCCCCUUCUUCCGCAAACCUUGCCGCUGCUGCGGCAGCUGCAACAGUGCGCCAAGUCGAGGCGAAAUACCCAGCUUUGCUUUUUAAGCAACAGCUCACAGCUUACGUGGAGAAAAUUUACGGAAUUAUUAGAGACAACUUGAAGAAAGACCUUGGGUCUUUGCUUUCCCUCUGUAUCCAGGCUCCGAGAACAUCUAAAGGAAGCGUACUGCGAUCUGGAAAGUCCUUUGGCAAGGAUUCUCCUUUGGGUCAUUGGCAGAGCAUCAUUGAGUGCUUGAACACUCUUCUCUGUACUCUGAAAGAAAAUUUUGUGCCUCCGAUUCUGGUUCAAAAGAUUUUCUCUCAGACAUUUUCAUUCAUCAAUGUGCAACUAUUCAAUAGUCUUCUUCUACGCCGUGAGUGUUGUACUUUUAGCAACGGAGAAUAUGUCAAAGCUGGAUUGGCUGAGUUGGAGUUGUGGUGCUGCCAAGCAAAAGAAGAGUACGCAGGCCCGUCCUGGGAAGAACUUAAACACAUUAGACAGGCUGUGGGAUUCUUGGUUAUACAUCAGAAGUACAGGAUUUCUUAUGAUGAAAUCACCAAUGAUCUAUGCCCGAUGCUGAGUGUACAGCAGCUGUACAGAAUAUGUACACUUUACUGGGAUGAUAGCUACAAUACCAAAAGCGUGUCUCCUGAAGUAAUAUCCAGCAUGAGGGUACUGAUGACAGAAGAUUCCAACAGUGCUGUGAGCAGUUCAUUUUUGUUGGAUGAUAAUUCUAGCAUUCCUUUCUCGGUUGAUGAACUUUCCAAUUCGCUCCAAGAGAAGGAUUUUGAAGACGUGGUGCCUGCGGAGGAGCUCCUUGAAAACCCAGCCUUCCAAUUUUUGCACCUGUAAGGCUCGACAUGGCGUUAAUCCCCGGUUCUCCUCAGCAUCUGUCGCGAUUUCGAAUUCAAAUGUUUGGCAAAGCAAUGACGAUUUGUAAAUUUUUUUGUUCCUUAUCUACUUUGGGGCGUCUAAUUUUUGCCCUACAUCAUACCCUGCCGACAUGUUAUUUAUUCAUUUAUUAAUUACAUCCUACUUGUAAAAUAUGCAUAGUUGGAAAACGGCAGGGUUAUAGUU